CCUGUCUACAUGAUUGUGCUCUUAACAACACUGGUCGUAUUUCGCGCAUUAAAUCUGCUGCAAUUUAUAAAAUAAUGUACAUGGUUUAUAUAAAAUGUUGAGCGACGAACUCGAUAUUUAUGAUGAUUUGGAUGAAUUUCAAGAAGCUGAAAAUAAGAAAUCCAAAGAAUUGGAGGCCUGCGAGGCAAAAUAUGAUGCCGCACAGCUGGAAAUUGCAAAUUUGCAAGCGCAAAACAAAGCACUUGCCAAGAAAAUUAAGACAAUGGAGGUGAAUUUCCAAAACCUGCUCGAUACGGCUAAGGCGGAAAUCAAACGCAAAGAUGCACAAAUAACGCAGCUGCGCAGGGAGAAAGAUGACAUAUGCUUCAGACGCAAGCGUGCACCCAAUUUGGGGCAGCCUAACUCCCAGACACAACCUUUAGACGAGCUGCAACAUCAGCAACACAAACGCUUCAAACGCGAGGAUAUGUCUGACGUGAAAGCUGAAAUUGCCAUCGACAACAAUAACGAAAACUGCGAUGUGAAGAUGAAACAUCUUGCACAACAGCACGUACCCGUAAGACGAUCUAUUAGCCGGGAGACUGGCCCCGAGAAAAUGACGCAACACAAGCGAGACAAGCCAUUUGACUCGGGCGCAGAGCGUCAGCGGUCAGCUGAUGUGAGGAAUCCGCAGGACAGAUUACGAGAUCGGGAUCGAGAUCGAGAUCGUAAUAGAGAUAGAAGUCGACGUGGCAGUCGUAGUCGCAGUCGGGAUCGUUAUAGAAGCAACAGCCAGAGGCACAACUCAAGGAACAAGGAUCUAAAAAGAAGUCGACGGAGUCGCUCGCGUUCACGUUCCCGUUCGACCCACAAAAAUAGCAGCAGGAGCAGUAAACGCAAAAGUUCACGGGAAACCGAAAGAAAAAACCAUACCAAAUCCUCUACAAAUGACCACAAACCAAAAACUAUGGAAGAUCUCUUUGGCAGCACACCCAAGCAACAAAGCCCAGCGGCGACAACAAAUGCUGGCAGCAGCAAUGUAGACAGUGAAAAAGUGUUCCAAAAUCUAAUGUUAAAUAUGGAACCGCUAACGCCACAAGAGCUGUGCACGCCGGAAAGCCAAAUCGAAGCAAGAGUACAGCAAACAAGCAGCGGAAAAUCUGGAAAAAAUAAGCAAAAAUUAGCUGAAAAUAUAAACAAAUAUUUUGUAUGCAAUGUUGAAAGUAAGGACAUGGACCAGAAAUUUGCAAAUGAUGAGGAACAAGUGGAUAAUCAAGUUGUCGCGAAACCAAAAACACCGCUGCCCAAUUUAAAACCCUUAGUAAAUGCAGAAAAUACAAAACAAAAUGAACCUAUUUCAGUUCUGCAAAAAGUUAAGUUCGUAAAUGCAGUAGCCUAUGAAACAAAUCAGGGACAGGAUGCAAAUAAAGAAGAGCAGUCAGUUCAUGAGGUGGAUACCAUAGAAUCUCAGCAAAACAUGUCGGGCACAGACAAAGCGCAGUUAACUGCUCAGGAUUUGUUGGAUGCAGAAGAAAUAAUCAAUAAAGUGCAUAAUACAAACGACCAACAACACAUUCCGGGCCUGGAUUUUAUAGCCGAAGAGCAGUUAAAAACCAAUCUAUACAUUCCGGGCCUGGAUUUAGUUGAUAACGAGGCACUAAUAAACGAUGUGGAUAAUGGAAAAACAAAUGAGCUAAUUCCCGGGCUAGACUUUAAGGAAGAAUUAAUAACGGAAUUGGAUGCACAAAUACAUGAAAAUGCUCCUGCUCAGAACUUGAAAGCUAAUUUCGAAGUCAUAAAUAAAGUGGAUACAAAAUCAAAUUUAUACAUACCAGGGCUGGAUUUGGUAGAUGAAGAGGACACCAUAAGCAAAGUGGACACGAGAACGCAGGAAUUCAUACCGGGUCUGAAUAUGUCCAUUGAAGAGGAAGCAACGAAAAAUAUAGUGUCAAAAACACAUGAAAAUAUACUUGAUAUGGAUUUUGUAAUACAAGAGGAUCUAACACGAGAGGUGGAUAAUAUGAAAACAAAUCAACAUAUAUCCGUCCUAGACCUGAAGAGUGAUUUGGAGGUAACAAAGCCAGUGGUUGCAGAACCACAUGAAUAUAUACCUGGUCUGGACUUUACUGCUGCAGAGAAAUUAGCAAGCGAUGUAGAUACUGAAGCACAAAAUUGUCUUGACUUUGCAGAGGAACACGAGCUAGCAAGCGAUGUGGAUAAUACUAAAACAAAUAAUCAUAUUCAGGAACUGGCAUUAAUUGCUGAAGAAGAGAUGGCAAAUGAAACAGCUAAAGUUAAAAUGUCAGAAAUGAUUCUCAAUGAUAAAACAUCGCUUGAAAUCCAGUCAGCUGAGAAAGCAACCAAUACUACAGAACAGCUCGAUGUAGAGCCAAAUGUAACUGAUAAUCAAGACUGUGCACCAACUGAGGAACUCAAAGAAAGCACGAAUAAGAUCUCGACUGGGGAUGAAACCGAAAAUAUAGAAUCAGAAGGCGAAAGGAGCGACAAUUCGACAGCAAACAAUGCGCCAAGUGAACACCACAGAGAAAAUCAGUUAAGGGAAAGCAAUGACAACAUGGAAUCAUCUGAUGAUGAUGCACAGGAACCAGAGCAAGCGAAAAGUAAGGACCAUAGAGAAAAUCAGUUAAGAGAAAGCAAUGAAAACACGGAAUCAUCUGAUGAUGUUUCUCAGGAGCUAGAGCAAGCGAAAUGUGGGGACCAUAGGGAAAAUCAAUUAAUGGAAAGCCAUGACAACAUGGAAUCAUCAGACGAUAAUGCUCAGGAACUAGAGCAAGCGAUAAGUGAGGACAACAGGGAAAAUCAGUUAAGGGAAAUCAAUGACAACAGAGAAUCAUCAGAUAAUGAUGCUCAGGAACUAGAGGAAUCAUCUGAUGAUGAUGAUGAUCAAGAGCUAGAGCAAGCGAAAAGUGAGGACCACAUGGAAAAUGAGUUAAUGGAAAGCAAUCAAAACUCGGAAUCAUCCGAAUUUCAAGAAAUAGAUGCAGCAGCGAAGCCCACAUUAAGCGAACCCACGACGCCUGCCAGCCAGGACUCAAUCCCUUGUCAAUUAGAUCAAUUAGCAGCACAGGCAGAGGAGGUUACGCCCAAGCGUCCAGUUCGCGGCAUGAGAAGCAUACAAAUAAUUGAGGACAUACGCCUGCCCGUCAUGGUGGAUAUUGAAAAUCUGGCAAUUAAAGUAGAUGGAACAAGCGAGGAGCACAGCUUGAAACAAACAGUCGAGCUGUCCAAUGCACAUGAUGUUACUGAGCAAAUGCCAGGGUUGAACUUUAAUGUCGAGACAUUAACGCAGCCAGCACCGGAGAAUGAAGGAGAGUCUCAGCUGCAGUUCAUCACAGUUAAUCAAAAUGAGCACAACUCGAAAAUUGUGGCAGUUAAUACAACAAUAACGCCCAAGCUGACAGUCGUUGCAGCUACAGUUAUGUACGCCCAGCCGGAUUCAACCAAGAUUGAUCACACCGAGGACGAUGCUGCACUCGAGGCAGUUAUGAAUGAGCUAAUACCAGAUAAACAGCAGGCAAUCACAUUGGACGGAAGCUAUCCGAAUUUGAGCCUAGAAACGGAUACCAUUGAGCUGGCAUUGAAGCAGCUGCAUCAGCAGUCACAAAACGAUGAGCAUCCGGACGAUACAGCUGUAACGUCCACAUCCAUGAAGGGGCCGCAAACGCCUAAACAGGAUCUUAUCCAGAUACUUAUGCAAUCGCCAUUGCAGUCGACAGCUGCGUGCACGACGCGAAAGACUCCUACAAAGGUGAAGGUCAGAAUAAAGAAACUCGGAGCACGGACAACCAGCAAAAGAAGAAGCAACAAUGAGGCCUGCAGCGCUACGCCGGAAGAUUCAGAAGAAACACCGCUAAAAAAACGUAGAGUAGAUGUUAACGAUGGGGACACAGUGAAUACCGCCGAUCCAAUUGUGCCCCAAACGCCACCAGAAACAGCCUUGACUACGGACACCUCGCAGUUGCAUGUGACCAUUGAUGAGACUUUCAAUGCCAGCACCAUGGAGCAGAGCCACUGCCAGAACAGCAACGACUCUUCCAUGGUGACCAAACGCUGCUCUCUGGGCAACAGUGACUAUCAAUUCGAGCGGAUCAAUGAUGAGGUCGUGUUGCGCGUCACACGUCGUCGACGACGCCGACCAGCAGCAGCAGCGGCACCUGCACCGGCUGCCAACCAGGAGUCAUAAAUACGAUAUCACGGUUCACAAUAGUAAGAUAUCUGGCUAUAUGCUUACUUAAGCUAUGGGGAAGUUAUAUAAAUAAGUACAUAUUUUAUGUAACUACACGGGAAACUUAACAAUACAUAACAUAAUAUUCUUAAAUUAUCUACUUAGUUUUUAAUAGCAUGUAAAAAUUGUGAUUUUAGAUAAUAAAUAACAGUUGAUGGUAUUUGAUGGUUAAUAAUAAAAAAGAUACGUCUGGAUAUAACAAAAUAAA